AGUCGAGACUGUGUUGUCGCCAGUGUAAGAGGUAUACGACGCUGUUGUAUUUUACGAGUUUUUAUGAAAACACAUUGACUAUUCGUUUUGUUGUUACCUGAGUACUUCCGCAUAGAAUUUAAAAUAGAACACGCAAGUGCGAAUAUAAAAAAAAGGUAUUUACUGACAGAACACGCAACAUAUUGUGUGUAUACGGUUACAGAUGUGAAAGUGAUUGGGAAACAUCUCUGUGUGUUAACAAUCAGCGCAACCAACUUUAAACAAUCGAAAAUAAGUGACCCCGAAUCAAAGACAAUUAAAAAACCAACAUGAUCCGCAAUGCAACCAAUCGUCUCGCAUUGAACAGUGGAUGUCGAAUAAUACAAAAUCGGUUUAUAAGUUCAUGCAGCGCUUCGCAACAAAAACAUAAAGAGGCAAUCGCACCGUACAGUAUGAAGGAUUCGUUUCGGUAUUCGCCGGAAGAAGGAUACAUACGAACGAGUGCAUUCAACGAUGUAAGCAUGCAGAAUAUGACCAUCGAUCAGUAUAUCUGGCAGGAUUUGAACAAAUUUCAGGACAAAUGUGCUAUUAAAUGCGGCGAAACCGGAAGGGAAUACACGUAUGCACAGUUACGAGACCAUACCUCGGCUUUGGCCGUACGAUUCCAAACGCAAUUCGGCCUGAAACAGGGAGAUGUGUUAGCGAUUUGUUUACCGAAUAUACCUGAAUUUGCAAUAGCUGCACUGGCUACAAUUGAAGCUGGAAUCGUUGCUACGUCCGUUAAUCCCAUUUACACAUCCGAUGAAAUUUGCAAGCAACUGUUGAGCAGUGGUGCGAAAUUAAUAAUUGGUAUUCCCGAGAUACAUUCAGUUCUUCAGACAGCCAUUGCACAGACGAAAAAACCGAUAAAAAUCAUUUCGAUAAAGACUACUGAAGAUCAGUCACUACCAGCCGAUGCCAUUAAUUUUUACGAGCUCAUUAGAACAAAAGACGUUAAUUUCGGUGAUUUAAUCAAAUACGAUGUGUUGCCCAGUGACACCGCAAUUUUACCAUUUUCGUCUGGCACCACCGGCACUUCAAAGGGUGUGAUGCUAAGCCACGACAAUAUCGUUAUAAAUUGCGAACAGCUUCAUGUACCGUUGCCGGACACCCCACUGAUAGAUGAAACAACGCGCGACUUCCAGGCAGUCUGCCCAGCAGUGUUGCCUUUCUUUCACAUUUACGGCUUUACCGUUUGCUUGAUGUCGAAAUUGAAGUUGCGGACAAAAAUCAUUUCUCUACCGAAAUUCCAUCCGGAAACGUUUAUGAAGGCGGUGAUAGUGGAGAAGGGAUCCAUUUUACAUCUGGUACCACCAAUAAUAUUGUUCCUUGGCGGACAUCCUAGCAUUACUCCGAAGCAUGUGGAGAGUGUGAGAGUGGUCGUGUCGGGAGCAGCACCAAUUGGAAGCUCAGAUGUUGAAAGACUUAUAAAAAAGGCACCACAAUGCGAUUUCAUCCAAGGUUAUGGCCUCACCGAAACAUCACCGGCCACUCUAAUGAGUGUCAAAGGAUGUAAGAAUUUUGCAUCAGUUGGUGGACCCGUAUCCGGUACAGAAGCAAAAAUCGUUGACAUAAAUGAUCCAACAUACAAAGGACUCGGUCCGAACGAAAAUGGUGAAGUUUUGGUUAAAGGUCCGAACAACAUGAAAGGCUACUUGAACAACCAACAAGCCACCGACGAAACGUUGAUCGCAGACAAUUGGCUGCGAACUGGAGACUUGGGGCAUUACGAUGAGGAUGGCUACUUUUAUGUAACGGAUCGACUGAAGGAGCUCAUCAAAGUGAAGGGAUUCCAAGUGCCGCCAGCCGAAUUGGAAGAGAUUUUACGCGACCAUCCGAAAGUCGUCGAUGCCGCCGUUAUCGGAAUUCCGCACGAAACGCAUGGUGAACUGCCGCACGGUUAUGUUGUUGCAAAAGAAGGUGUUCAAGUGAGCGAAAAGGAGCUACAAGAUUAUGUUGCACAGAAGGUGAGCGCCUUCAAGCAUUUAGACGGUGGAAUUACGUUUACCAAACAAAUACCGAAAAAUGCGACGGGGAAAAUUAUGCGCCGUCAAUUGAAAGAAGAAUGGGCUACACGAUAAGAACAAGGAUGUUGUCUAGGUAUUAGGAUUUGUAUUGAAUCGUGCUGUGGUUUUUGAUAUCUUCUGUUAAAUUUUUGACGUAUUUCUGGUUGGUUCCGGUUUGAUUAUCAUUAUUUCCUUACAAUUGAAUAUACA